CAGGUUUCACGCCCCGGCGUCUGCGGCUCGCUUCUGUUCGCGCCGCCGACUCGCCUCGCGUCCGCGUCGACUCGCUAGGGUUUGCCGUUCCCGUCGCGGGCGAAGGCGGCGUCGUCUCGUGGUGGCGCCGUCUCCGUGGGCCUUCCCGCUCCCAAGCGAUGGCCUUGGAAGCUGGGAGCCCAGCUACUUCUUUUACUCCACAAGUGGUUGCUAAUGCAUUUGUUAAACAAUACUAUCAAACUCUUCGUUACGCACGACAGGAUUCCUAUAAGUUCUAUAAUGACUCAAGUAUUCUUGGUCGGGCAGAUUCUAAUGGGAAAAUGAUGAAUGUAACCACAAUUGAUGAUAUCAAGGAGCAACUUGUGUCUACAGACUUCGCUGACUGUUUGAUAGAGAUAGAGACUGUUGAUGCACAGCCAUCCCAUGUGGAUGGUGUGCUCAUUUUGGUUGCUGGAUAUUUUACAACGGAUGCUGUGAAACAGAAGUUCACACAGUCAUUCUUUCUUGCUCCACAGGAAAAUAGAGGCUAUUAUGUUUUGAAUGAUAUGUUCAGACUUACCCAGAUUUCAACUGAGGUGAAGGAAGUUGUAGUUAACCAUGAUAAUAAAAGCACACAGAUUACUACCCUGCCCAAUGAUGAAGUUGUCAGCACUUCUGCAAAUGUUGUUUCUCCAGUUAAAAAUGAUGAUCCUGUUGUUGAGACAUGUGUGAAAGUGGUUAACAAGGAUGUUGAGAAGGUACCUGAGGCUUCAACUCCUACUGCUGAGAAAGCAGUUAACAAGGAUUUGGAGAAGAUUGCUGAGGCUGCUCCAGCACCUUGCGCACCAGUUGAGAAGGCUGCUCCAGCACCUCGUGCACCAGUUGAGAAGGCUGCUCCAGCACCUCACGCACCAGUUGAGAAGGCUGCUCCAGCACCUCGCGCACCAGUUGAGAAGGCUGCUCCAGCACCUCGCGCACCAGUGGAGAAGGCUGCUCCUGCUCCUCGCGCACCAGUGGAGAAUGCUGCUCCAGCACCUCCUGCACCAGUUGAGAAGGCUGCUCCAGCACCUCCUGCACCAGUUGAGAAGGCUGCUCCAGCACCUCCUGCACCAAUUGAGAAGGCUGCUCCAACUCCUCGUGCACCAGUUGAGAAGGCUGCUUCAGCUCCUCCCACACCAGUUGUGAAGUCUGCUCCAGCUCCUCCCUCAUCAGAUGAGAAGGAAGUAGCUAGAAAGAGUUAUGCAUCAAUUGUUAAAACCAUGAGGGAGAGCACACAGCCUGCCCCAGCUGCCAGACCCGCCAAACCCAAUCCAAGGCCAAAGGUGGCUCAAAAUGUGGACAAAAAUGUGUCCUCGCCUUCAAAACCUGCUCAUGCUACUGAUAAUGCCCUCCCAGGCGAUAAAAAUGUUCCAAAAAAUAAAGCAACUGAUGAGCCAGGAUACUCAAUUUUUGUUAAGAAUUUACCUUUUGAUGCAACUGUUAAAAUGGUGGAACAAGAGUUCAGCAAGUUUGGUGCUAUUAAAUCUGGUGGUAUACAAGUCAAAUGCCAGCCUGAUCAGUUUUGCUUUGGCUUUGUCGAAUUUGAGGCUCAGCAAUCCAUGGUAGCAGCAAUUGAGGCUUCUACGGUUUAUUUCGGCACAAGAGAAGCAUAUGUUGAGGAGAAAAGAACCAAAACACGAGUUGUCGAUGGUGUUAUCACCCGUGGGGAUGACAAUGGCCAAGGCUUCCAGUCUGGCAGAGGUGGUUACUACGGUGACAACUACAAGCGGCAGUGGGGCGGUCAGAAUAACGGCUACUACCACAACGGAGAUAACACAAGGAACGACUAUCCAGGCCGUGUCCGAGGACCGCAAGGGAAUGGCUACCAUCAGAACGGCAACGGCUACCACCAGAACAGGAAUGGCUACCAGCAGAACGGCAACGGCUACUCUGGGAAUGGCUACCAACAGCGACGCCCCAGCAACAACAAUGGCUACAGCAACGGGAGGGUUGAGCGCAACAAUGGCCCUAGGCAACAACAAGGCCAAGGCCCUGCUGCUGCUUAGACAUUUUGCAGUUGAUCCAUGAAACGAAAGCAGUGAGGAUACUUUCAUGUCCUAGGAACUAGGAACACAGCAAUUGUGCGUCUUUUGUCUGGAACUGCUAUGAGUAGUGGGGAACAGGUAUUGCAAGAAAUCAUCUACUAUCUACUCCUGCAAAAUCUCUGCUACUCUAUUAUGUUGUGCCGUCGUCCUCUUCAAGCUGUCCGUGUGCACGGCGAUUUUAUGCGCA